GUAAAGCCUUCCCCCGCUAUCUCGCCUUUGAUUGAAAACUUUGACGAGGAUUCCAGUGAAGAAGAGGAUGACGAGGAGAGCUUUCACACCAAACAAAUGUUCUCAUUUGCUUGGCAAAUAGCUAAAGGAAUGGUAAUUACUGUUAUUUUUUAUUGUUUUAUUUUCUACAAAACGUGCCCGGGGGUAAUCCCUAUAAUGGCCCACAAUGGGAGGAUUCGCCUGAAAAGAGUGCCUUUUUUAGGCUUCCUACACGAAAGGGUAGGGAUUUCAUUAGUUGAAGUGUAUGAAAGGAUGCGGAAAUCUGUCAUUUCGUCAUUUCGGUUUGUAAAAAGACAUAAAAGAGCUAACAGAAAGAUUUUAUGGCUGUGAAAAAGUCGAGAAAUUUCCCGGCUUUAUGAUUUAUUCGUUAAAGAAAUGGUAUUUACAGGAGUUAAAAGGGAUGCAAAGAACUAAACUAGGUAUGGGAAAGAAGAACCAUAAAUUAUGUCAAUGGUAUAUGAAAUGGUAAGGUGUUGGAUCGCGGGGCGGAGCCUUCACGUAUGAAACUUUGUUGAGUACUCCCCCGAAUAACAUUUCUUUCGAUUGUUCCUCGAUUUCUGCAUCCAAAUAGAUAGUGACGACAGGGGAUGCCGUUCAGACUUUUGCCCAUAUUACAUUUUGGGACAGGAGAGAAUUCAUUCUGACAUAGUGAAUCAACAAACACUGCAUUAUUCAAAGGCCGUUUCCAAAGCCUAUUUUAUAAGCAAGGAAUAAGGGACUGUGCAAUAAUUAUCAGGAGGGGGCUGAAAAACCAGAUGGGGGGAGGGGGCAAUAAGUAAAAAAAAAAAAAACCGAAAAAGGGGCUCAAAUUAAAAAUACUCCUAAACGGGAAAAACACACGUCUAGAACCCAAGCAAAUCACAGACUGAUAUGCCACCUCUACCGUGAAAAAAAAAAAAGAAUAUACUAUGUUUAUUUUGUCUAGAUGACCAGGGCACCACAACACACUCACUAUUUCCACACCGCGAGGUACUGCGAAACAAAAAAAACCGCGCAUGAAGACAGAGUCUGGCUCAAAAACAGUUUUAAAAAGAAAAGGACGGGUGGUCGGGGAAAAAUAAAAGGGGGGAGGAUGAAAACCCAGGGGGGGGGGGGGGGCAUUAAGUAAAAAAAAAAAAAUCCAAGAUAGGGGCUCAAAUUAAAAUUACUCCUAUUACAGGGGGGCCCUAACUUUCAUUUUAUGUCAUGUGCCUCUGCAUUAAAUUGUAAUUUAUAUGCAUUUUUAUGCAUUAUAAGACAGGAAAUGUACUCUCAACACUCAAUGUUCUUAGAAAAUGUGAAGUUUAUAUAAAAUAUGUCAUCACAUGUUAGCAGAUUUUUUAGUCAUUGCAAAAGGAUUGAUUUGUGUCAUAAAAUUUCUAUAAUCCCAGUAUCCAUUACAAGGUCAAAUUCAAGUAAAAAAAAUAACUUGCAGCAACGCCUAUGAGUGUCCCAAACAAACCAUUUGUACUCACUGUACUGUCCCAUAAGACAGUUGUAAAUUCAUUCACCCUAAGGUGCAGAAGUCCCAGACAAUCUCCUGGGCUUCCCUGGUAAAACAGUUUGCCCUGCAAAGGUCGCUCAGGCAUGCCGUGUCUGUCUUUGAGGCAAACAAAUGUAGGGUUUCACAAUCGACUGUUUCCUGUCGGGGAAUACCAAAUAUGUCCGGCUCAAAGUCCUCAGCAAAGGGGUCUCCUCCCAGGGAACGAAAAAUAAGGCAUGCUCCUUUUGUUAUGUUUUCACAAGCUACAAGGUUCCUCUUUUCCCCUUUUUUCUCUGCUCUUUCCUUUUUCUUGCUUCAGAUGUUGUGGACUAGGUGCCAGUUUGAUAUGUCGCCUUAUAAUUUAGCCAUCACUGUGUCCAAGUCCUCAACAAUAUGUAGCACAGCCUUUUCAAAGCCAGACUUGAUGUAAUAUCGUUUCUCCGCAUUGUUGAAAUUGUGACGGCAAUUAAGGCCAGUCGCUUAAGUUUGCCACCCUAGGUAAAUAGGCUGUCAUCAUGUUUAGUUAUGUUUUCUGUGAUGGCAUGAAGCUUAUUCAAGAUGCAAUUUGCCUCCCUCUUGCAUGGCCUUAUGUUGAUGUCAUCGUGGGGCUUUGGCUUCUUCUCCUCUCGGAGAAGCCUUCCAACACAAGCAAGGUUGUCGGACAACAAAUAGCAAAGACAGUUUUAAAGCUUUUCAACUUCUAUGACUAUAAUUUGAGGGGUUCUAACUAUGAUUUCCAACUACCACUACCUAAAACAAAUUUUCUCAAGCGUUCAUUUUCUUAUCAGGGUGCAAUGGCUUGGAACCAACUGUCAAAUGAAACACGUGGGAUGGGGGAUCUUACUAGCUUUAAACUCGCCAUAUCUUAGGAUAUAACUUUUAGUAUGUUUUUAUCUUAUUUCUAAUACUCAUUUCUUUGCUGUUAUAUUGUUAGUUAAUCACUAGUCUCAAUUUUUAUACAUUGUAAUUAUCACACGGCAUGUCUGAACACCAGCUUGCUGAGCCAUUUACCGUGUUUAAAUAAAGUUGAUUGAUUGAUUGAUACAGUUACGUUAUAUGUGGUGUGGGGGUGAUAAUUAUUGCACAGUCCCUAAAAGAUAAAUGGUUUAAUUUUCCACAUGGUGUAUGAUUUUUUGUUUUAAAUUCAAAAAGCAAAUAAAAAGACCCUUAACUUACGUUACGCGUCUGAACUUGUACUGGCCGUUUGAAUCAGUUCAGUGCUGAAACUAUACUUUUUAUUUGUCCCGUAAUUUUUCUCUUUCAUCCAUCAUCUCCUGUUUGCCAGUUGUAGCCCUGUAAUUUAAGUAUCAUGGUAUUAAAAUUUUUCUUCUUGUUUUUUCCGCUUCCUUUAUCAAAUCAGAAUCAUCUCGCCGAAAACAAUCUUGUUCACAGAGACCUUGCUGCCCGUAAUGUUCUUGUUGGCCAUGACAACCAGAUCAAAGUGUCGGACUUUGGUUUGAUGAGACAAAUCUAUGAAGAUGUGAGCAGCUCAGCGAAGUCCAAAAAACUUCCUGUGAAGUGGAUGUCCCCAGAAUCACUUUAUCAAGGCGUUUACACAACCAAAAGUGAUGUGUGAGUUAACGAUUCACUAUUCGAAACCAUUAAGUUGGCUAUGGAGAUUGGCCAGUCUAUUUCAACAAAUCGACAAAAAUUGUCUUUGGUCUGUACUCUUAGCGACCAUGGUAAUUACAAAUGUUCAACAUUCAACUGUAACCACCAGCCGCAGGUGACUGCUUUCACUGUAGGGAUUUUACAAUAACAUUGACUGUUUUUAACGUCCAUUUCCAUUGAAGUUUAUCGAUCUGUACUCUUAUUGACAAUAGCUUUCGACCAAUCAGCGCGCGAGAAGUCGCUCAGUUGUGGGCGAAGACACGAAAAGGUGGACACUCGCCUUGACGCCUAUUUUCACAGAAAGUUCAUCAACUAAAAAGAAGAGAGGGAAAAUAGUGUUAAUGCAGUGGCUAUAUUUAUGACAUUUGUGCUUAUUUAUUAUUUUUUUAAUAUAGUUGGUCUUUUGGUGUUGUUCUCUGGGAGAUGGCUACAUUGGGUGAGUAAACCGUGUUCGGUAUACAACUACUGUAGGUAUACCUAUCGAUAGGGUGCCAACGAACAAAUCAUGCGUAUUUUGCAUAGGAAUUCCUUUCUUCCGACAUUUGACAGUUUCUUGGUCCCUUCCGGUUGCAAGGAUUAUUUUCUUGAUAAGGUGUUAUGCAUUUAUUGUGUACGGCACGUUGAUAUUGUAUUUUCAUUUUUUUUAUACACUCGGCCAGGUUUCGAAAAAAAUAGCGUUGUUUUCUUUUCCUUUGUCGUUCGCUUUAGGCUUUUAAUUCUUUUUUAUUCUUUUUUUUGUUCGUUUGCUGGUUAGAUUUUUCCCCCAACAUCAGAUUUUCCAACAGAAGCGACUACAUUCUUCGUAUCAAGCUAAUUCCUUAUCUCCUCGUGUAAUCUGAUCCUUUUUAAUGGUGAGAAUUGCUUGUUUCACAUAAAAAACUUUAUUUCUUAUUUUACAAGCUUCUCUUCGUUAAAAGGUUGCCCCCAAAAUUAAUACAAUACAUCAAAGUACUCACGUUUCUUGACUGUAGGGGCCAGGUUUGACAAAUAAGUUUAGGUAAAUAAACACAGGAAGUCGCGACGGCAGGAAUUGGGUGAAAUUCUGUAUUUUUAAAAGCCAACCACAUUCAACUUCAGCCCGGGCGCACGUACCGCCUUUUGAUUGGUUGACAACUAUCCCACAACUUGAUUUCAGGGGAAUCUACCUUACAUUAGGUUACACGUUUUGAAGGUCGAUCGAGGAUUGCUGCCUAUGUCAAGUCUUGAGCGGCCCUAUUCUGCUGCCGCCACGCCAUCCUCUCGUCUUCGCUCGGAUGCUCGUUGCCAAUAAUCAUGCUAACCUACAGGUUAAAGAUUGCGUUGCACAUUGUUUCCUGGAACAGAAGAGAGGCCUUAUUACUAUAAAGACCCUGCCUUCUUUAAAGACAUGUUUAAAUGCAAACCUCAGCCCCUCUUUAAUUACCAUUAUUUUGUAAAACGGCUUUAUUGAGUGUGGGGAGCAUGAACAAUCAAGACAUCUCAAUAUGAAAGCUAUGUAAGGUCAGGGUCCAUCGUCGAAUUUUACUUUGGACGAACCCAAUGGUUUUUCACAAAUAAAGUUCGACGUUUGACUCUGCAGACAUAAGGAACAAUGAAAUUUAUUUUCGAGAAAGUAACUGAUUUUUUUUAUUUCGCAUAACAUUAUCAGGAGAUGUACCAUACCCCACGCUGACCAACUCAGAGUUGUAUCGACUGCUUGGCACUGGUUAUCGCAUGGAAAGGCCUGACAUGUGCUCCGAUGACGUGUACGUACCUUAAUCAGAUUCGUCUUAGCAUUAACACUAAAUAGAUUCCAUUGUUUCCACGCGUCCUUUUAGUUACAAUUAGAGGUGAACGUUGCGGAAGUACAAGUCGAUUAACAAGUUUUUUUCGAUCACGAUUGCUGAAUAGAAGGACGGCAAAAUCUGAGCUUAAAUAGUUGUUUCAUACAGUAUCAAAAUAGGGUUCGACUGUAGCGAUUUUUCCACCAUGAGUUCGAUAUUUCCUUAUGGUGGUUGAAACUAGUUAGACAACAGCUAUAUAAGGUAAGCAUGUGCGAUCUUAAUUCUUUUAAUGUUAUUUCAACGACAUUUCCAAAACUAUCCUCCAUGCCAGAUGAAACAGAGGAUAAGCUAAAGUAGCUGUCGACCAGCUCUUAACGCUUUAGCCUUUAUUCAGUUUAUUCAAUGUCUUGACAUACAUGUAAUGAUGGCUGGAUGAGGGGCUGGGUCAACCGGCGAUAAAUGAUAAGCCUAAUGGCCGGGGGCGGGCUGCUCCCUGACCUAAAGGAAACAUAGCUUACAAAAACAUGGUGUUUUACGUCAAUAUGAAAUGGUCUAAUGAAUGAUGAAUUGGGACUCUGAUUUAAUCUUUCAUUGCUUUCGGUCCAUAAUAGAUAUGAGCUGAUGUCUGAUUGUUGGAAGGAGGACCCUCGCUCUCGUCCUAGUUUCUUUCGGUUGAUCCAAAAAAUGGAGGUGAUAAUGGAGAGGGAUGCACCAUAUUUGGAUUUAAACAAAGACAAUGAAGCUCAUUCCUAUUACAACGUGCCUCCAGAAGUUGGUGGUGAUUAA